CUUGUUUUGAAGCGUAUUAUUGUGUCCCUAGGGUGUAAACUGCAAAAUAAUUUAUUUGUAAAGUCAGUUAAAGAGAAGUUUGCAGAAUGCCAAGGUGCUGUGUUGUUAAAAACUGCGAUACCGGUAGCAGAAAAAGCAAUGAUAAACUACGUAUAUCAUUGUUUCAUGUACCAUUGGAUAAAUCUCUGCGGCAAAAAUGGAUUAAUGUUAUUCCUGAGAUUGAAUGUCUAGGCUCUAGGCAGUUUGUUUGUGAAAAACACUUUGAAGAUAAGGAUAUUCUCACUCCAAAAAUUGAAUCUGAGUUACAUGAAAAUACUAAAAGACCACGUUUAAGUAUAUCCGCUGUGCCAUCCAAGUAUUUAUUUGAUUCAUCAAAUUUAUUGGAGAUGGACAUGCAUGAACUAUCAGAGGAAAUCUCAGAUCACAAUUAUGCUGCAGGUGAAUCAACUACCGACCAGUCCAGUUUAAUUGAUUACUCCGCCAAAUUAACUGUAAUAAGCAGUGCUUGUAUAAGUACAAUUAAUGGUCCACCAACGCUUCAAUCCACAAUAACAUUACCGACAAUGUGGAAUGUGAUUGAUUUAACAUCAGGAGCAGGGGAACGAUUAUAUUUUACGCAUGUAAAGUGCACUGAUGUUCCCUAUGUUGAUAAAUGCGUUCUUAUCGAUGCAAAUCGUAAUAUUCAGUACUUUAUACAUAAUAAACCUGUAUCAUUGGCAUCCAAGAAAUGUCCGAGCGUGUUAUGUGACGUUAAAUCUUUAGUACACAUCUUAACUCAUUUUGAAAAUCAGCGCGUUUGCAUAGGUUUGGAAAAUGACCACAUUGGACACUUAUCCGAUAACAAAGCAUACAAAGAUAGUUUUGAAACAUGGCGGCAUAAAAAUUGCACUCUGCUUGCCACAACUAAGUACUGUAUAUUCUGCUGUAGAUUAGUGCACAACUUGAAACAAAAGUAUGCAAAUAUCGAUGAGGAAAAUCGACACUCAAAAGACACCAUUGAAAAGUUAAGACUUAUAAAGUUACGCAAGGAUAUUUUGUCUGAACGCCGGCAAAAAGCUCGAGCGAAAAUGCAAGUGGAAUCGUUAACUAAUGCUUUAACUGCAGCCAAAGAAGAAAUUGCGUCUAUUCGAAAGGAAUCUAUCGAAACAAAGUGCAACGCUCUGAAUAUGAGCGCAUCUGAGAGAUUAGCAGUAACAGAGAUUAUUUCGGCUGCUUCAAAGAAAGACACCAGCGGACAUCGAUAUAGUGAGGAAUGGUUAAAUCUUUCCAUGCAGAUGAGUAUGAGAUCGCCAUCGUUUUACAAUUUUCUUAGAGAAACCAAAAUUCUACCACUGCCAUGUAUGAAAACUGUAAAUAAGUAUAUUUCACAAAUGGUGGAAAAUUCAGGUUUAAAUUCACCAGUUUCAAAUAUUGUAGAGACAAUAGAAAUAGAAAUUGAAAAUACAUAAUUAUCAUAAAAUACAGUAGCAAUUUUAAAAGAGAAUAAAUUGAUUAUUUCA